AUGAGCAAUAUUAUUGUCCCACUGCCUUCGAACCUGGUGACCGACACAGCGGAUCCAGAUUGGAUGAGCAAAGGCGACAACGCAUGGCAGAUGACGGCGGCGACACUGGUGGGACUGCAAAGCGUGCCGGGUCUGAUCAUUCUGUACGGGGGAGCCGUGAAGAAGAAAUGGGCUAUAAACUCAGCGUUCAUGGCUCUAUACGCGUUCGCUUGCGUGUUGGUUUGCUGGGUGGGGUGGGGUUACCGGCUGUCGUUCGGUGACAAACUGACGCCGUUUUGGGGGAAACUGAAUGUGGCUUUGGAACAGCAGUAUCUUCUUGAACAAGGGUUCGCCGGGAAGUUUCCUGCGGCCACAAUGGUGUUUUUCCAGUUCGUAUUUGCGGCGAUCACGUUGGUUUUGAUUGCGGGAGCUUUGCUUGGGCGUAUGAAUUUUUACGCUUGGAUGCUGUUUGUGCCGCUUUGGUUAACGUUUUCUUAUACGUUUGUGGCGUUCAGUAUUUGGAGUCCUCAAGGGUUUUUUAAUAAAAUGGGACUCAUUGAUUACUCUGGUGGCUAUGUCAUUCAUUUGUCCUCUGGUGUUGCGGGCUUCACCGCUGCAUAUUGGGUUGGGCCACGGCUAUCGAAGGACAGAGAAAGCUUUCCCCCGAACAACAUUCUUCUGAUGCUGGCCGGAGCAGGGCUGCUAUGGAUGGGUUGGACGGGGUUCAACGGCGGUGACCCGUACGCCGCCAACAUCGACGCCUCACUGGCGGUUCUGAACACCCACGUUUGCACCGCCACCAGCCUCCUUACUUGGCUCAUCUUCGACAUCAUCUUCUUCAGAAAGCCCUCCGUCAUCGGCGCCGUCCAAGGCAUGAUUACCGGCCUCGUUUGCAUCACCCCCGCCGCAGGAGUUGUUCAAGGAUGGGCCGCGAUUAUAAUGGGAGUGCUAUCAGGUUCAAUCCCAUGGUUCACAAUGAUGGUAGUUCAUAAAAAAUCCGCCAUUCUCCAAAAGGUAGACGACACAAUGGCCGUUCUUCACACCCAUGCCAUCGCCGGCAGCCUCGGCGGCAUUUUAAGCGGCCUCUUCGCCGAGCCACGCCUCAACUUAAUCUUCUACGGCAACUACAAUAAAUACAUCGGCCUUUUCUACGGCUUCAACACCAAACAGGUCAAACUCGGCUUCCGACAACUCGGUGUCCAACUCCUCGGAAUCAUCUUCGUCACCCUCAUCAACAUCAUCGUCACGAGCCUUAUUUGUGUCCUCCUCCAGUACAUCGUCCCACUCCGAAUGUCCGAGGAGGACAUGGCUAUCGGCGACGAGGCUGCCCACGGCGAAGAGGCCUACGCCAUUUGGGGUCAGGGCGAGAAGAUGGAUUCUUCUAAGUAUGAUAUGGAAGUUCCGGUUGCAACCAAACAUAGGCAGGCUGGCCAAGUCGAAAUGGCCUGA